AUGGCGCUGUGGUCGUGCCGCCGCAUCUUCUGGAGCUUCAGCGGGACUUCCAGAACCAGCAUCCUCCUGUUCCUGCCUUCGCUUCUGUUGCUGACGCAGAUUAGCGCAGUCCAUUCUGCCUUGCCGUGUCCACGGAGCUGUAGCUGUCCCAGAGUUAAAGAGGUCCACUGUACCUUUCGCCACCUCACAACUGUUCCGAAAACCUUGCCUAAAGACACAGAAAGGCUCAACUUGGGCUACAACAGCCUGACAGAGGUGGAGGGGUCAGAAUUCAGGUCACUGCGGCAACUGGAAAUGCUUAUGUUGCACGGCAACGACAUCAACACGCUUCAUGCUGGGGCCUUUUACAGUUUGACAUCACUGCAGAUCUUGAAGUUAAGUUACAACAAGCUGACCUCAGUGAGCAUUGGUCUCUUUGAAGGUCUUGUUGAGCUUGUCCGUCUCCACCUAGACCACAACCUCAUUACCUUCAUUGAACCGUACAGUUUCUCUGGCUUGCCAUCUCUAAAACUCUUGCAACUGGAGGGGAACCUUCUAAAAGAGAUCCAUCCACACACUUUCAUCACAGUGUCACUACUUGGAAGUUUCUGGACCUCUGGACUUAAACAUUUGCACCUUUCAGACAACCUGUUUGAAGUCCUCCCAGCUCCAGCUUUGAGGACAGCUCCAAGACUCGAGCUCUUGUCUCUCCAUGGGAAUCCGUGGUCCUGCGAUUGUCAGCUCCAAUGGCUUCUGGAAUGGAGCUCUGCCCAUGAAGGUGUGAUAAAGUGUAAGAAGGAGAGAGAGUCUGGGUCAACUGAGACCUGCCCACAGUGCCUCUCUCCCCAGUCUCUAAAUGGCACCUCUUUGCUCGAGUUAAAUCCAGACAAGGUUUCCUGUGAAAGGCCAAUUUUGACAUCAACACUCAAACAGUUUGACAAUCCAAUCUGGGCAGAAUCAAGUGGAGAGCUGGACCACCCGUAUGUCAAAGAUUUGGAAAAGCCAUUAGGCCAUCUCACAUUCAUGCUGUCCGACAGCCACGCAAAUAGUGCCCAUGUGGCAUGUGAUGUGCGACGCCCAGGCGACAGCUCCCCCAUGACUUGGUCUGUGAUGCCACAUUCACAUGGAGAGAUCAGGGUUAAUGUAUCGCUCGCCACUGCUCUGGAGUGUGAGAUUGAUCGUGAGACUUUGCAGAAUCUGUGGCAAUUGGUCGCUUACUACUAUGAAAGUCCAGCCAUUUUGGAGCGAGGACAGCAAAAAGGAAAUAACAGCAGAGUAACAUAUCAGUAUGCUCAAGUCAUCAAUGAAAAUUCCCCUUAUUUCACUGAUUUAAAAGGCUAUCUAGUCGCUGAACCGUCUUGGCUACUCCAACGCAGAGUCAGUCUCAGGCUGAAUAGGAAGGAAACGACCACCAAAAAACUGGUUAUGGACUUCACCACAACCAUCACCAAAGACAUUAACAUUCACAGAAACGAGGAGGACAAUGACCUCUCUUCUUCUUGGGCCUUGAUACGCCGUGGGACUGCAGGGCGGGUUCAGACUGUUGUUGAGGGGUCAAAAGCUCACCUAGAAUGUAAUGUUUUUGCAUCUGAUCCACAAAUACAAGUGGAAUGGAUGCUUCCAGAUUUUUCCAUUGUGGAAACAGGAUCAAGUAAAGUUGACAUUUCGGAAUCAGGAAAACUUGUGAUCAUGAAUGCGUCUAGGUCAGACUCGGGCCUUUACUACUGUAUGACCAAAACAAAAACUGGUGUGGAUUUGAUGCCAUUGCGACUCACUGUAAAAGAACGUGUCCUCAGUCCCACUGCUUUCAAUGGUCAAAGACUCACAAUUGCAAAGGGGGAUUCGUUUUCUCUUCCUUGUCAGGUAACUUCAGUGAAUCCAAGUCAAUCUUUGUGGUAUCUGCCCAAAAACAAUGUUCUCCUGCCUACUCAACAAACUAGAAGAGCAGAGGUCAUGGAAAAUGGAACUCUGGUAGUCAAGAAGUUCACUGUGGAGGAUGCAGGGGAAUACAGCUGUUUGGCAUCCAAUCUGUAUGGAGUUGACAUGCUCUCCCAUGUAGUGGAGCUUACUGGUCAAAAAUUGAAAUUGUCUAGCAAGUCCAAAGUAAAGACAGAGAAAGAGCUCUGGUUCAGCACAGUUGACCUUGAAGGAUCUGGGGCAGAAUACCAAGAGAUCACGGGUCCUAAUGCAACACAGUUUCCCAAAACAGGACCGCAACAAAACAGCCCCAAUCGUUCCACAAAAAAGACACGAAUUAAAGAUACUAAGACUACACCUACAAACUCUGUCAAAGAACUGCUUCCAAGGCAGCGGGAACACAUUUCAACAAACACCAAAAACAUGCCGAGAGUCAUUCCCACUCAAGAAGAUCCACCUACUGCAACAGCAAAUGUCGUGGAAUUCCCAUCUCAAACGUCAAGUACUAUGGCUUCUUCUACUCCUCAUAGAAGUUUUCUCACAACGACUCCUGUCUUGACUGUGAAGCCCUGGGGUCAUGCAAAGGUCGAAACAGGCCAGACAGAGAAGAGGUGGGAUGAAUAUGAUGAGACUGAGAGUGCACAGACUCAGUCAAAUCACCUACAGGCAUCAGUGAGGACCACAAAAGUGCCGUUUUACCAUUUUCAGGAAACGGACACAGUUUCCUCUUCGUUCAUUACAAGGCCAAAACCAACUGAAAGACCCAGAAACCAGCAGCGAGGAGAAGGUAGAAGACGUGUCGUCCCUGGAUCAUCAAACAGACGAAGACCACCUUAUAGACAGAGAGUACCACCCCUGCAAAGGGUCCAUCCAGCGAGAAACAAUUUCAGACAUAAAGCAAACAUGCUCCCAACCAGAGAACCAACAACUCUUACACCCCCAACUACUCUGCCACCAACCACAACCACUACUACAACCACAACUGCAACAACCCUCCUAAUUAUAGACACAACAACUGAUAUUUCAAACAAAGAUGAAGAAUAUUAUGAGGAAUCUGAGUACAAUGAUCAUGAUGACAAUGUGAAUGAAACCAAAGAAUCUGAAGAAUCUCCUGAUAUCACCAAUGUCAGCACAGCUCCAAUAUCACCUCCGGCAAGAGGGAAUGUGCCACCUGUAGAUCCAGGAAAGUUUGAGCCAUCCAACACAAAAAUAGAGGCUAUUACUCCACCAACCGAACUGACAUUGACAGGAAAGGAGGAUGUCCCAUCUAGAACAGGAAAAGAUGAGAAGGGAGAGGGUAGGAUGCCGACUGAUGUGCGUGGAAGUGAGGACAAAAACAAAGCAGCUAAGCAAGAGGCAGAACUUUCAGAAAAGGAGGGGUUCAUAGGCAAACCACAUAAUCAUAAUUUGCCAAAUCUGAGCAAAGGUACAUCAACAGAAACUCACACACCAGUCAAAGUCACCACUUCCGAAUCUGCUGGUUCCACACCAACAGAUGACGCCACAGAAGAAAGCCAUCAUAUCCCAAUAAUGGAGCCUCUCCAUCCUUGGCUUCACCCGCAAAACCAGGGCAGAGGGCAACCAACCCGUCUUCCUCCUCGAACACAUCAAGAUAGAAGUAAAAUAAAACAAGAAGUGGUGCAUUCUAAUUGGCAACCUCUCCUUCCUCGCGUCCCGCCAACGACGCAGUGGCACGUCAACCGCCAUCAUCAGCAUAAUCCCCACAUUCGUCACCCUCACUGGCCCAGUAUGGUGCCAACGUAUAAACCCUGGCAUUUUGCCCAUCCUUGGGCUCACAGCCCGGUGGUCACCAACAGACCUGAGAUCAUCGCAGAGACAAUGAAGCCAUCACCUACAAGGCCUGGUUGGACAGCAAACCGUCCAUAUACACCCUCCCCAUCACAGCAGUCACAUCAUGAUCGUCAUGGCGAUUUUAUCAGCCAAACCAGAGAUCAGCGGCUCUUUUCAAGGCUAAGGAACAGAUAUCGACAGGCCCAGAUUGAUAGAAUAUCACAAUUGGGUCAUAUUGUGACACCCAGGCCCAUUGGCUCAAGAAAUCCCCCAAUAUUCGAUACACCCAAAUUUAAAUUUGAUGCCUCACGUCAAGCUUUCCCAACAAGACAACCUGCGAGCACGCCCCCCCACACCUACAUCAAACCUUUACAUCCAGUGAAAUCUUCCUCAGCUUACUACAGUUUCAACACAACUCCUCAACCUCAUCAUUCUGGCACGCAAAGUCCCCACUAUGGAAGCCAGUGGCCUGUUGGUGCUGGACGAAUAGUUUCCCGCCGUCCUACAGCUGUGCCCCCUUACCCGUUUGUGUUGGGAUCUGGUGGAUCUGGAGGUAAUGGUGUGAAGCCCCACAUCACCACACUAACUCCAGCCAGUGUAUCAAUCCUGGCAGAGGGGGAUGUUGUCCUUGACUGCAAAGCAACUGGGAUUCCAGAACCCACAAUUGCAUGGACUAAAGUCUCCACAGGUGCUACCAUACCUGCCAACUCAAGGCAUGGUGGGCGUUUCGAAGUACUCAAGAACGGAACAUUUGUCAUCAAAACCGUCCAGCUCCAGGACCGUGGCCAGUACUUAUGCACAGCUCAGAACAGAUUUGGGUCUGACCGCAUGGUGAUGACCCUUGCUGUCCAAACCCAGCCCCCAAAGAUUCAGCAUCCUAAAUCAUUCAACGUUGCCAUUUACGUAGGAAAGGGUGUGGCUCUCGACUGUUUGGCGUCUGGAAGACCACUGGCACAAAUAUCUUGGAUCCUGCCUGAUCGGAUGUUUGUCCGUGACUUUGGAAUUGUUCACAGCCAGCUCUCACCUAUGUUUUUGCUUGAAAAUGGAACACUACAGAUUCAUUCUGCUAAUUUCUCCAGUAAAGGAGAUUAUAAAUGUAUUGCAAGUAAUGCAGCAGGGGCUGACACAGUUACUUAUCAUCUCCAUGUAGCAGCUUUGCCGCCGAGCAUCAGCGAGGAACCACUGGACUCUGUCCUUGUUUCGCCAGGCAAAAGUGUGUAUGUCCACUGCUCUGUGAAAGGCGAGCCGGUACCAUCGUUGAAGUGGACUCUUCCAACUGGUGCCCAUGUGAAGCCAUCUCAGUUUCUGGGACGGAAGGUCUUUGUCUACACUAAUGGCACUCUAUAUCUGAAAAAUAUUUCACCAUCAGAUGCAGGAAGUUACGAGUGUUCAGCCAGCAACACAGUGGGCACUGCAAAGAGGACAGUUCAGCUGAGAGUGCAAAGUGAAACUCCUGCACUUGCUCGACGCCCAACGGCACCUUUCCCGAUUCCAUCAACACAUCGUCGCAAUGGAGCAUCGAGGAUGCACUCAGUCACUGCCAUGCAUGGUUCAGCAGUCUACCUCCACUGUCCAGAGUCGUCAGGAAGGGCCACCUGGCAAUUGCCCUCCAAAGCCAUCAUGGACCAUCGACACAGUGCAGAGAGUCAAAUUAAGGUUUUUCGUAAUGGGACCCUGAGAAUACUUCAGCUCACAGAGCAUGAUGGUGGAGCGUAUCUGUGCAUCUCACAGAGACCAAAUGGGGAAAACAUAGAGCUCUUCCAGGUGCAGGUCUUGAUGACCGCCCCCAGAAUUGAACAUGUGAGGACUGCACAGGCAAAGGUCACAUAUGGAGAAAACUUCCAGGUAGACUGUGUGGCUACGGGUCUCCCAGACCCUGAGGUCUCUUGGAGCUUGCCUGAUGGGACCUUGAUCAACAAUGCCCUUCAGUCAGAUGAUAGCGGCCAGCGCAGCCGUCGCUAUGUCAUUUUUGGCAACGGAACAUUGUUUCUGCAGCAUAUUGGCAAAAGUGAUGAGGGGGACUAUACAUGUUACGCCCAGAACAAAGUUGGAAAAGAUGAGAGAAAAGUGAGCGUCAAGAUUGAACCAAACCGUCCGAAAAUAAGAUUCAAAUCACAGUCCCUUGUUAAAGUGAAGUUUGGUGAGGCAGCUAAGUUGACUUGUCAAGCUACUGGAGAGCCACCUCCAAAAAUCAUCUGGAUUUCUCCCAAGAGUAAUGUUAUACAAAUGAAUUCAGAGAAAUUCUGGAUAAUGGACGAUGGGGCCCUGGUGGUUAAGAAAGUGAAGCUGGCAGAUGAGGGGAAAUAUACAUGUGUGGCGAGAAACUCAGCUGGUGAUGAUGUUAAAAACAUAAUGCUGGAGAUUGAUUCUCAGGAGCCGUUGAUCAAAGGUAUCAGUGGGCGAAGUACGACUAAAGUUUUGGUUAUUUCUUACCAAAGUGCACUUUUGGACUGCAAAGUGGAUGGUAAACCUGAACCAAGAGUCUGGUGGGUUACUCCCCUUGGCCAUUCCCUCCCAGCCCCUUACCUUGGUGGCCGCUUCCAAGUCCACCAAAAUAAAAGCCUGGAGUUGAGGGGAGUCAGAAAAGCUGAUGAGGGCAAGUACAUCUGUUUGGCAAAAAACAGUCUAGGCGAUGCAUCACUCUUAGUUGAGUUGGAGGUGGCAUCUCACGCUGAGAAACCAAUUUUUACCGUCCCUAACAUUGAAAUAAUCCCAAUUAAGCAAGACGGCAGGGAAAUGAUCCUGGAUUGCAGAGCUCGUGGAAAGCCAGACCCGGACUUUGCCUGGGUGCUACCGAAUGGAACAAUGCUACUUCCUGGGUCAAAACUUCAACGUUUCAUUCACGUCUUGGGAAACGGCUCUUUGAAGAUCAGUCAACCAGAAUUCAACGACAAAGGAGUGUAUCGCUGCCUAGCAAAAAACGUGGCAGGACAGGCUGAAAAACGUUACUCUUUGGAAGCGGGCAGGAAGCCACUGAUCCGAGGAUCUUCAGGUCAGAUAAAGAUGAGCUAUGGCCAGAACUUUGAUUUACAUUGCAGUGCCGAUGGCUGGCCACAACCAUCCAUCAAAUGGACCCUGCCUAAUGGCCUAGUAUUAGACAAGGCUCAAACUGUUGGUCGAGCAUCUGUCCUUGCCAAUGGGACACUCCAGCUCAGACAAGUUGCCAUGUUUGACAAAGGAACUUACACAUGUAAGGCCUUUAACUCUUUUGGGUCGUCAACAAUGCUAUAUUCUGUUGCAGUCACCGUUUUCCCACCUCGGAUCACCAGUGUCCUGGCUCCCAUCACAAGGGUCCACCGUGGCUCACCAGUGGUGUUGCAUUGUCUAGCGAGUGGUACUCCUCGACCCGAUAUUUCAUGGACUUUACCUGGGCGAACAACACUGGUACCUCACAAUCGCUUCACGGUGCAGGGGGGGAUUCACAUGACAGAGGAGGGCAGUCUCGUCCUACAGAACCCAGUGCUGACGAACUCAGGCAUUUACAAAUGCAAUGCUAAAAAUGCCCUGGGAACAGAUUUUAAAUCUACGUACUUGCAAGUUGUGUGA